AAGAACUCAUUACGUUUCAAAAGUAUAUUUUUAUUAUAAUUUGUGUUAUAUCAAGGGUACUAUUUUAAGACCAGUCCAAUUGGAAAAAAAAAGCCUACAAAAAAGCAAACCAUGGAAAAACGUGUUUAUCGCUCACAGGAGCAAGUAUUCUUGUUCUAUUUUCUACACAGCUGUUUGUUCAAGAAGGCGUACCGGUCAGUAAAAGAAGGCACGAAAGAAAGUGCUCGGUGGAAAGAAAGUGAAAGAAGGAAAGAAAAGAGCGAUGGUAUACAUUCUGCGUCAGACAAGGCUGAAACUUAAGAAAUGUAACAUAGUCAACAUAAGGGUAAUUCAGCAAAUAGGUUACGGAUACUGGUUGUCAUCAUAUACAGAGGAACAAAAAGCAUAGCCAUCCUGCUGCUUCUUUCCCUCCUUCAUACUUUCUUUCGUUCCGUCGACUGUUGCAAGUAAUAGAGAAUAUAAAACAUACCAUAAUGAGAGAAAAAGAUGUAU